AUGGCCUACAAUGGAGAUUACGCCAGGAAUACAUAUCAAACGGGGAACAUAAGCCCGGACCCAAACGAAUCUGGGUGCCGCGGACUGGCUCGCCGGCCCCAAAUCCAACCCCAGAGCCGUACAGCUACCCGGAACCCCAGCGCUCCCCCCCCAAACCCAAGCACUGGGCACAUUGACGAUGCAGUGAGCUCUGCAUUUCACAGCAGUGGCUCCACGGGCUACCUCUCCCCUGAGGUUCUCUCGCAAAUUACAGCAACAGUGAUCCAGCAGCUCAAGACAACUGGGUUAGACAACAUACAAGGAUCCGGUGCGCCCCCGCCCCGCUCGCAAUCGCAGCAGCCGCCAUGGCAAACAGAUGGCUCGUUGUGGCCGAACGCAGAGUCCCCUCCCAUGCCCCCGCUGCGAAGCAGUUCAAUCUCCCCGCCCAGUUCGGCCUCCGACAAUAUCCAUACUGGGAAUUUCCAGCCGUCUGUCCCAUCCAAUUACCCUAGUGAAAGCCGUCUUAGCCCGAAAACUAGUCCCGAUCCUCUUGUGGAGAGACGCGGUUCUAUAUCGAGUCAGAACAGUGAUCGGAGUCAUCAAAGCCACCACAAGACGGAGCGUCCCAAACCUCCGGACCGCGACGCUACUGUUACGGAGAUGACUACUCUGGAGCGCAUUUGGGGGAAAUUAUUUGAGGAUGGUAAGGCGACGAAAAGGCUUGGCCAAUUCUUACGUGGGAUUGCGGUUCAUCUAAUUGAGGACUAUCCGCCGGGAAACACUCUUGUCAUUCCCCCCCACAAACUGCAAAAGUUCUAUCGUGAUACCCAUGAUCCGAAUGACCCUUACCCAUGGCAAGAUAUUUUCGACGAUCGUACAUCUUCGAUAUCCCGACUAUUCCGCGAAAUGAAAGUCGAACAUCAUCUUAUUCAAGAGGAUGUAGAUAAACGCCCAGAUAUCCCAGGCCUCACACCAAAAGGUUUCGAGACCUGGGCAACCUUGAUGAUCCUCGCAAACCCAGGGCGCGAAUACGAGCGGCUCCAAAAAGCAGUCCUCAACAUGCCCAUCAAUAAUCCAGAUGACAAGAAAGAGCGCUUCCCAAAGGAGAUCCCACGUCGCCUUUUCCCAGAAAUCGGAGAUAUCAAAAUCAGAGAAGACAUCGAGGAACGCAUGAUGGUCCACUGCGGCGUUGAUCUACCAUAUAUCACCCCCGAAGAGCGCAACCAAUCGGCCGCCCGACAAAGCCGUUCAUCUACCACAACCGCAUCACCCACAGAGCGAGCCCAGUCAUAUGAGCGAGGCCGACCUCGCCCCGCCGUCCCGACCCCAAAACCCGCUCAAAAACCACAGCCAAGACCCAUCUCGACUACCGUCACCGACGACGAAGACGAACCCGCCCCCUCGGUACCAAUCGAGCGCGAGCGCAAGCCCUACAGCGCCAAUCCGGGCAUUGGCAAAGUCUAUGAAGAAUCUGUCCCGAGCCGCAGCCAUGCGGGCUCCUUCUCCAGUUCCCGGCCCUCGGAAUCUACCUACAAGGGACCAGCAUCCGGGCCAACCUCCGCACACCGCAUGUCCGAGUCCUUCGACCGCGACCCGCACUACUCACGCUCAGGAUCUGGUCAUUCUGCCGAUAAGCGUUUCUCGAACGACUCCCGCAGCUCGUCGCAGAGUUUGAAUCACCGCGGUGGUGGUGGUGACUAUAGACGUUCAGAGAGUGACUUGCAUGGUCGUGAUCAUUCGGCUAGACAUGCGGGGCUAUCAGCGCACGAUUUAGCGUAUACUGAGUCGCCUACUGCGAAUCUGAGUGAGGAUGAUGCGCGUAGGUAUCAUCGUGGGAGCCGGGGUAAUGAGGAGGAGUAUUAUCGUGGGAGUGGGCAGGGCGGAGGCUCUGGUUCUUGGUAUGAUAAGUAUGACAAGUAUGCAUACCGUUAA